AUGCCGUCCUUCACACAUAUCGCAGCGGCUGCUUUGCAGCUAAGCUCCUUGAUACGCCCCAGCUUCGCUGUACCAACGAAAGGAGAACCCAAGCUAGGCGCCGUCGCAUCUGAAAAUGCCAUUUGUUCCAAGAUCGGAACCGAUCUACUCAAGACUGGUGGAAAUGCGGCCGAUGCUUUGGUUGGCACUGUACUAUGUGUCGGAGUUACUGGCAUGUAUCACAGCGGCAUUGGUGGUGGUGGCUUCAUGCUUGUGCGUGGCUGCGACGGGAAGUACGAAUUUAUCGAUUUCCGAGAGACCGCCCCGGCUGCUGCGUUCGAGGAGAUGUAUAAUAACAACACCAAUCUAAGCUUAUACGGUGGUUUGGCAAGUGGUGUUCCCGGAGAGCUUCGAGGGUUGGAAUAUCUGCACAAAAACUAUGGGAAAUUGCCAUGGGCUAAGGUGGUAACGCCGGCUGUGAAGGUUGCUCGAGAGGGCUUCGUGGUGUCGGAAGAUCUCGUCCGUUACAUGAAUUCUGUAACGCCAAAUGCUAAUUUCCUCACGAAUGAUCCGGCGUGGGCAAUUGACUUUGCUCCGAACGGCACCAGAGUCCAACUUGGCGAGACGAUGACGCGAAAACGGUACGCCGACACGUUAGAGACCAUCGCCAAAGAGGGCGCAGAUGCUUUUUACACUGGUGCCAUUGCUCAGGCAACCAUCGCUGCGUUAUCAAAGGCCAACGGAACGAUGACCCUUGAAGACCUGAAAAACUAUACGGUCGCUAUCCGACAGCCUGCUAAGAUCAACUAUAGAGGCUACAAGCUUACAAGUGUUAGUGCGCCAUCAAGUGGCGCAGUGGCACUUAGUGCUCUGAAAAUCGUCGAAGGUUAUGAAGGAUUCGGCGAUCCUGCCCAGAUCAAUUUAACGGCUCACAGGCUAGACGAGGCCAUGAAGUUUGCGUACGGACAACGAGCCAAACUCGGCGACCCCUCCUUCGUUGAUGGUCUCGAAAAAUACCAGACUGAAAUGGUCUCCGAAGCGACUGCCGCUGAAGUCCGCUCGAAGAUUUUCGAUUUUUCUACGCAGAGCAAUAUAUCGUAUUACGAUCCAGAAGGUCUAGAGAGUCUCGAAACUCCGGGCACCAGUCACAUCGUUGCUGCUGAUCACACUGGGCUGGCUAUUAGCAUUACAACGACAGUUAACUUACUAUUCGGAUCCCAGCUUAUCGUCCCCGAGACAGGCGUUAUCAUGAAUGAUGAGAUGAACGACUUCUCCAUCCCGAAUUCCUCCAACGCAUUCGGUUAUAUACCAAGCCCGGAGAAUUACAUCCGUCCAGGCAAGCGCCCGUUGUCUUCAAUCUCGGGAACCAUUGUCGAGUCAGCCGACGGGAAACUGUACUUCGUCAUCGGAUCUGCCGGUGGUAGCCGUAUCAUUACGGCGACUAUCCAUAACAUCCACCACGUCCUUGAUCAGAACUUAACGACAGCUGAGGCCCUCGCGCAACCGCGAUUCCACGACCAGCUUGUCCCCACCCAAGUUUCCUUCGAGUAUGCGUAUGACAACAGCACUGUCGCAUACCUGAAGUCUUUGGGACACAAUGUCACUUGGGUCGCACCCGGUGGAAGUACUGCCCAAGGUUUGCGACUACUACCUAACGGGACGUUUGAAGCGGCUGGAGAGCCGCGACAACGCAACUCAGGUGGCUUCGCCGUAUGA